AUGGUUUUCGAAGAUACCCUAGACACCCCCACCACCACUGCAAAGUCAAGUGCUUCAAAAACCAGCAAAACUCCUGACAUGGCGCAACCAAUUAUUACAGUUCGCAAUGAUACUUUUGAUGCCCCAUUCACCAUAUGGUUGAAUGAAAAGAACUAUAGCACUUGGUCGAAGAUGUUGCUAGGGAAAAAGAGGUUAUCUGACAGGGAAGGUGGCUCAAGUGGAGGAAGACGCUUCGAGCUUUGA